AGGAACUCACCAGUUGUAGCCCGUCUCCCGGAUGCUUGUGAAUGUGGUGGUUUUUGAAGCUGUGACUCCCGCCUGAUUCCACUUGUUCUGGAUCUCUGCCAGACUCAUCAAUCCUCAGAAGCCCACGACGUCUGUGAGGAUCAUCUUCUCCCCGAGCAGCACGAGUGGAGCUUCAGGAUGGAGGAGGAGGAGCCACACACCUCCCACUUUAAAGAGGAAGAGGAGGAGCACAGCAUCAGUCAGGUGGGAGAGCACCUUGAAUGGUUGGAGGAGUUCCCAGUGACUGUGAAGAGUGAAGAUGGUGAGGUCAAAGGUGAGAGAGAGGCGGAGCCUCCGACAGAAGGUGAGAGAGACCACUGUGGAGGACCAGCAGAAGCUCCACCACCACAUGGUGAGGACACCACGUCACACACGGAUGAUGAAGACUCUAAAGAUGACAACACACACCUGACGUGUUCUCACUGUGACAAAACCUUCAAACACCGUUGUAGUCUGAAAACACACAUGAGAACGCACACUGGAGAAAAACCCUUUUCCUGCACAGAAUGCGGUAAAGGCUUUGCCCGAAAGAACGUGCUGAAAGUACACAUGAGAACGCACACUGGAGAAAAACCUUUUUCCUGUUCGGUAUGCGGCAAAUGUUUCAUACAAAGUGGGGACUUGAAAAUACACAUGAGAACGCACACCGCAGAAAAACCGUUCAUGUGCCCAGUUUGUAGUAAAAUAUUCUCCGUGAAAGGGAAUUUGGUAAUGCACUCAAGAAUACACACCGGUGAAAUACCUUUUAUCUGUUCAGAAUGUGGUAAAGGUUUCACACAAAGUCACAAUUUGAAAGCACACAUGAGAAUACACACCGGAGCAAAACCUUUCUCAUGUAUAGUCUGUGGUAAAGGUUUCACACGAGGUUGCAAUUUAAAAACCCACAUGAGAGUACACACCGGAGAGAAACCCUUUUCGUGUUCCGUGUGCAGCAAAGGUUUCACACAAAGCGGCGAGUUGAAAAUACACAUGAUGAUGCACACCGGAGAGAAACCAUUCAUGUGCUCAAUUUGCUGCAAACGAUUCACCCAGAAGGCUUAUUUGCAAAUCCACGCGAGAAUACACACGGGCGAAAAACCUCAUAUCUGUUCAGUCUGCGGCAAAGCUUUCACGCGAAGUCACCAUUUGAAGGUGCACAUGAAAACACACAAGGGAGAGAAAGUGUAGAGUUGUGAGUUGAAAGAUUGUCUUCGGAGUUCCAGUGGAAGACACACAAGCGUGCUGGUGAGGACAGCAGCAGCAAACGUUCACUUUCUAAUGACAUCAGUACAUAUAAUAUGUGUGACAUCAUUGUUGUGUGUCUAACACAAUCUUGCUAUUAUACUUCCAGAUUAGUGCUUUUAUUUCAUUAUUGUACAAAAGUCGGUACUUUUAUUUAAACUAAUUUGACUGAAAAUGUUAGAGUAAGCACUACGAACAAUAUGUUACAUAUAAUGUGUGUACAAAUAUACAUAGUUCACUUUUAUACGUAUUCCUAGUCUAUGUAUUUUUUCUUAAACAAUGAGUUGUUAAUACAUAUUUUCAUUUCUAACUGUAAAUGAUUCCUUUACAUGAUGUACAUAUUUGUGUUACAUGUGUUCAUACCUUUGCUUUUGAGUCCACAUAAAUCCCUCUUAGUUGAUAUUUACUGGUUCACAUCUUCUGGAAGCAUAUUAUUAUUUACUUUAUGCAUCAUUUGAGCAGUUGUGUUUUAUACAAGAUCAUUUACCGUAUUUUCCGCACUAUUAGCCGCACCUAAAAACCACAAAUUUACUCAAAAGCUGACAGUGCGGCUUAUAACCCGGUGCGCUUUAUAUAUGGAUUAAUAUUAAUAUUCAUUUUCAUAAAGUUUCGGUCUCGCAACUACGGUAAACGCCGCCAUCUUUUUUCCCCGUAGAAGAGGAAGUGCUUCUUCUUCUACGCAAGCAACCGCCAAGGUAAGCACCCGCCCCCAUAGAACAGGAAGCGCUUCUUCUUCUACUGUAAGCAACCACCCGCCUCCAUAGAAGAAGAAGAAGCGCGCGGAUAUUACCGUACGUUUCAUUUCCUUUGUGUGUUUACAUCUGUAAAGACCACAAAAUGGCUCCUACUAAGCG